AUGUUCAUCUCAAAAUCCCUCAUCUUCAUACUCGCAAGUUCUCAGGUUCUCGCGUCCAGACUAUUUGUGGCUUCAUAUGCAGGAACCGUUACUACUUUGUCACUCGAUGAAGAUGCAAACGGUGCAUAUUCAUUCGGAGUCAUUGCGACAUCUACGGCUUGCGCGGCCAAUUCCUCGUGGAUCACCUUAGAUUCUUCCCGGGAUAUUUUGUUUUGCGCGGAUAGAGGUUCGACUGCAAGCAAUGGAACCCUCAAUUCGUUGAAGAUCCAGGAUGAUGGUUCUCUGGUGGCAUUGGAUAGAGUUGAGACUCCGGUUGGGGCAGCGGCUACAGUAUUGUAUGCGAAUAAUACUGCUUUGGCUUUAGCUUAUUAUUCCUCAAGCAGCGUAGGAUCUUUGGAUGUCACCUCCGCAACUAACAUCCUCCCUCUCCAAACCUUCACCUAUAACCUUACAACUCCCGGCGCGGACCCCCAAUACGAAACCGCACCGCAUCCACACGAAGCAAUCACCGACCCCACAGAAUCCUUUGUUCUCGUCCCAGAUCUGGGUGCCGAUCUCGUGAGAAUCUAUCGCAUCGAUCAAGAUACCAAGUUAUUGGAACCACUUGAGCCAUUGAAGACUCCCGUCGGAAGUGGACCCAGACAUGCAAAUUGGCUUGUUUCGGAAGCAGGAAUCACGUACUUUUACUUGGUCAGCCAAUUGACUAAUAGACUUACGGCAUAUGAGGUUACAUAUGAAAGUGAUAACACUUUGAGGUUUGAAGUGAAGUUUGAGAGGAGUCUUUUGGAGACGACUACUCCAGGCGAGGAAUUACAAUUUUAUAGCGCUGCGUCAGGGAUCCAGAUUACACCCGAUCAUAACUACCUCCUCAUCUCUCAACGCAACGAUACACACUUCAGUAUUCCCGAUCCUUCUUCCCCAUCAGCCACAAAUGUCAUUCCCUCCGACUCUCUCUUAACCUUUUCUCUCAACCAUGCGAACGGUAAUUUUUCACUUGUCUCAAUUGACGCUGCUGGAGGUAGUUUCCCAAGACAGUUCUCUAUCAACAAAGCUGGGGACUUGGUAGCUGUGGGCUUGCAAAACGAUGGAAGAGUAGCGUUGUUGAAGAGGAAUGUAGAUGGAGGAGACUUGGAGAUUGUCGCUGGAAUUGAUAUUGAGGGACAGGUUGUUUGUAUUGUUUGGGACGAAUAG